GACAGUGCUGCAGGAAACCACAGUGGAUUGGGAAUUUUAGUUGCUCUCUAACUUUUCACGACGGUUCUCAUCAUCUCCAGUUCGCAAAUAUUGUGGUCAAAAGGUGACAGUAGUUGCCACAUUUGUUUUUCUUUGUUUUAUCAUUGAAAAACGUCAAGUGUGGUUCAACUGCAUGCGUGUUGGGGUUUAGGAUGUGCAUCUCUCCUCUUGUCUGAACUUCAACUUCAUCCACCGACAGCUGGUCACUUGUCGCUUCGAGAGUUCUUACCCAAAUAUAAGAGGUCUACUUGACAGUCAUAAAGUAUUCACGCGACAACCUCGCCAUGUCCUCCGGUGAUGCCUCGGAGCAGAGUCGACGGUUCUGUGUGUUGUCGUGGGAGCAGGUGCAGCGACUGGACUCCAUCCUCGGGGAGAGCGUGCCAAUCCACGGACGUGGAAACUUCCCCACGCUCUCCGUGCAGCCCAGGCAGAUCGUCCAGGUAGUCCGGGCGCGACUGGAAGAGCGGGGCGUCGUGGUCCGUGACGUGAAGCUGAACGGGUCAGCGGCGAGCCAUGUCCUGCACCAGGACACCGGCCUGGGCUACAAGGACCUGGACCUGAUCUUCGGCCUGAGCCUGACCGACGACAAGACCUUCCGCCUGGUCAAGGACGUGGUGCUGGACAGCCUGCUGGACUUCCUGCCGCACGGCGUGAGCCGCGACCGCAUCACGCCGCUCACCCUCAAGGAGGCGUACGUCCAGAAGAUGGUGAAGGUGUGCAACGACACUGACCGCUGGAGCCUGAUCUCGCUGUCCAACAACACCGGCAAGAACGUGGAGCUCAAGUUCGUGGACUCGCUGCGGCGGCAGUUCGAGUUCAGCGUGGACUCCUUCCACAUCGCGCUGGACUCGCUCCUGCUCUUCGACCGCUGCUCCGAGACGGCCAUGUCCGAGAGCUUCCACCCGACCGUGCUCGGCGAGAGCAUGUACGGCGACUUCCAGGAGGCGCUGGGCCACCUGCGCGCCAAGACCAUCGCCACGCGCAGCCCCGAGGAGAUCCGCGGCGGCGGCCUGCUCAAGUACUGCCACCUGCUGGUGCGCGGCUUCCGGCCGGCGUCCGAGACGCAGAUGAAGACGCUGCAGCGCUACAUGUGCUCGCGCUUCUUCAUCGACUUCUCCGACAUCGGCGAGCAGCAGCGCAAGCUGGAGGCCUACCUGCAGAACCACUUUGUGGGCAUGGAGCACAAGCGCUACGAGUGCCUGGUCAUGCUGCGCCGCGUGGUGGACGAGAGCACCGUGUGCCUGAUGGGCCACGAGCGGCGCCAGACGCUGGCGCUCAUCUCGGCGCUGGCGCUGCGGGCGCUGGCCGAGCAGAACGCCAUCCCCGCCGUGCCCAGCAUCACCUGCUACUACCAGCCGGCGCCCUACGUGCGGGACCUCAACUUCAGCAACUACUACGUGGCGCACGUGCACUCGCCCAUGCACCACUGCAGCAGCAGCUACCAGACAUGGCUGCCCUGCAGCUGAGCAGGCCCACUAUGGACACGGGGGAGAGAGAGAGAGAGAGAGAGGGAGAGAGAAGAAAACGACCGAACGGAGAGAGAGAGAAAAUACAGAAAAAAAAGGGAUAGACAGGAAGUAUGUGUUUGUAUGUGUGUGUUUGUGUGUGCACGUGUGUGUGUGUGUGUGUGUGCUUGUGUGUGUUUUAUGCUUGUGUGUAAGUGUGUAUGUGUGAGUUUAUGUGUGUUUGUGUUUGUGUGUGUGCAUGCGUGUGAGAGGAAUGGAGAGAAGCAGAAUAGAAUGCUUUGAAGCUGUUAGUUAGCGUCUUGUGUAUAGAGGGGUCAUGCUAGGGGAUUCAGUCCAUGUGUAGCAAUGUGGAGCUCAAUUAUGGGACCAAAUGAGGACGAGAAGGACAAGAAAGACAGAAAAAGGAAAAAAAAGAAAAAAAGAAAGGAAUCUAAAUUACGUUUUUUUUUCUUGCCAAAAUCUUCAUGUGUCACCCACCCCACUAAGUUAUGAAAAUGAACACUGCUGUAAAUUAGUUUGGAGCCAUUAUUUUGGUGUUUGUUGUUUCUUUCUUCAUGUUGUCCCAAGAUGUUGUUGUUGAUGUACAGAAAGAAAACAAACACAAGUGAACGACCCAGUGACUGGUGCAAAGGGACAAAGAUGACGCACUUUCUUCCUGCCUUCUGGAUAUGUGUUAAAACGUUAAUCAACAUGUAUCAGUUGCUUUAGCAAAUGUAUAUAAGUUGUAUUAUUCUAUAGUUCGCUCUGUCUUUGAGCGAGAGAAGACAGGUCAGAGGACCGAGCUCUGUUCUGACUGUGGUUGCAUUUAAAACGUCUUUUUUUUAUUUGAAGAACUGAGGACCAAAGAAUUUUCCUUGUAAAAGUGGAAUGUUGCUUUUGUCGCCUCCCAAGUGCCUGAAACCGACCAACCGACAUGAGAAAACUGUGUACAUUAUUUGUAUGUAAAUUAAAAACAGUCUCAAAUUUUCAACCCUC